AGAUCCAAAACUUUAUUGUACAACUUCCUGUCAUCACAAGCAACAGCGUGGCAGUGUGACUGGUCAAGUCUUUUUUAGAAACCAUAAACUAAAAGCAGUUAAAGAGGCACAGACACAGGAAUCAGAAAACAAACAGCGGCAGACCAACGCAGGAUGAUGGGGAUGCCAGGAAUAUUCACAAUGUGCUGCGGAGCUCUGUUCCUGGCCCUCACCUCAGUGUCGGCUGUACAAAAGCUUCAUUCAAUUAAUUCUUUGAAGAAAAUCAACUACAGUAAAUCUGUGCCCAAACACAGUCUCUUGCUACUCUACUGGUUUGCAAACGUGGUGGAGAUCGACGAGAACAACGUCAUAUGGAUGACCUUUGAUCCCAAUACACAUGAUUAUGGCUCACAUUAUUAUCACAACUCUGAGGGGGUGUUGGAAGAACGAGAUAGGAAUAAUGCAUUCCGGUACUACACUAUUGGCAAUCUCAAUCAACCAACUUCCAUGCCACUUCCUCCUUAUGUUGUUCGUCCCCGAACUGAGUAUGUGGGACGCAACAGGGACAGGAUCAUAGUUCGUAUCAGGGAGCAGAAUACACAACGGACAGAUUUGCAGAGGAUAGAGCACGUUUAUAUAACACAGCAUUAUGAUAUUUCUGAAAAUCGGGGGACAGGAUAUGAUCCAGCUCAUACCUACAUGAUCUAUCUUUCCCUCAUCAGACAUAUCAGAGAGUUUUCUGUGGGACAAAACCAACAGCAACUGUUGCAACUCAGAAACCGCUUUGGAGGCAACGCAGAUGAGUCCCAGUUAAGGGACAUCAUAAACACAUGGGGUCCUGACCUUGCUGGUCUUGGACUGCUGUUGUGUAUUGUGAUCCAAGCAAAGGACUCCCCUAACCAACGCAACAGACAAGAAGAAAGACCGAAACAUUUGGAUGAUGAUUCCAAGAGGAAGAGCAAUGUCCACAGAGAUGUUCGCAACCAAGAUUAUGUUCUGGUAAGAAAUGCCGACGAGGACCUCGAAGCCAACAACAGGAUGACUAACAGACAAGAAAAAAGACCGAAACAUUUGGAUGAUGAUUCUAAGAGGAAGAGCAACGUCCACAGAGAUGUUCGCAUCCAAGAUAAUGUUCCAAUAAGAAAUGCCGACGUGGACCUCGAAGCCAACAACUGGAUGACUAACAGACAAUCAGGCGUCACCUCUGCACCCCGGAACUGUAAAAUUUGCUGUGGUAUUGCCAUAUUUUGUAGCAUCAUAGUCGUAGUGAUUGUAAUUGUUUGCUGGUUAAAAUUCAGAUAAAUUGUUAUUCAAGUACGCCCCAUACCUAUAGUUUUUGAUUUGAGAUGAAAAUCUAAGUGUUGGUCUGAUUUGUCUAUAUUUGUUUAUUUUAUUAAACUGCAUUCUUUUAACAUAGUCCCUUUUAUUAAGUCCGAACUAAAGAGCUUCUUUGCAAACUUCAAAACAUGAGAUUUCAAUGCAACUUCCUUUUCCUGUUGCCCAACCUUCAGCAGUUUUAAAAAGCACAUGAAGGGAUGGCUGUUGUCCACCCAAACCUGUGCACACAGAUAGUAGUACUGUCAUGGAUAUGUGAUGUAUGAAUGUUAUAUGAAUUAAUGAAACCUUAAAAUGUGCUCAUUAAUGCCCCUAUGUGUAAUAUAUUUGUGUGCAAUAUGAUGCAUGUGAAAUGUCUUCUUACACUGUGAUAUUUUCUCUCGUU